GAGCGGUUGUGUUAGAGACGCUCUUUCCUUGUUUUCUAUUCGGAAAAGAGACCAAAAGUGGAAAACCCUCUCGUUGAUUCGAAACUUUCGUGUGAGAGUGUGUGAACAUUUCAACAGCCGAUCAGUGGUUGCUGUAGUUUUUCUAGGAGUGACACCCCAGUGAGAUAGAAACAAGCACCGCACUCAUCUGAAAGCCAUCAUCAGUAUCAUUGUGGUGGCGAUUUCUUAAGUGCUGUUCUGUCUGUUGCUCUCGCUAAUAGACAUGGAAACUAAUAUAUCCAAACUUCUUUGCUCAAACCGUCCAACCGAAAGUCUUUGACCGAGGAAUGAACGGAUUAGAACCUUAAAAUGGAUUUGAAAGUGAACUCCAUCCACGGAUUGGUGUUGGCAGUGGUGCUGCUCGCCAUAAACUGCCCAACCACCCAAGCUUAUGAGGCACCUGAUGAUUGCGAAUGGACCCUUUUAGACGACAGCAUUGUUCGAGAGAAUCCCGAGCUGGAUAUCGACUUGAUUUGCCACCUCUCCGCCAUCAACUCCAAUAUCGAGAAGACCAACUUCUCGGUGAUCCCGUCUCAUCGAACGAGGAGCCUCACCAUCAAGUGCAGUGACUCGAGUCUCAGUACUUUAGAACCGGGAGCAUUCGCCAGUCUCUCCAGUUUGGAGGAGCUCAAAUUGGAAUCCUGUCGCUUGGAGCAUAUCCCUCAGAAUGCGUUCCAAGGUCUGGCGGGUCUCAAAAGCCUGGUCAUCCAUACGGAGCACUCUUCGUUCUUGGCCAUUGAAGAGGGCUCUUUUCGCGGCGUGUCAGAGCUGAAAGCUCUGGAUUUGAGUGGCAAUUACAUUCGCUCUCUGCCCUCCCAAGAGUUGUGUCACUUGCCCAAUCUACAAUGGCUAAAUAUGUCUUUCAACGAGAUCGAGAGUUUUGCCGACAUCGGUCUUGAGAGGAGUCAAGAGAAGAUGUGUCUGUCGCAAUUGUCAGUGCUGGAUCUCUCGCACAACGAGAUCACUCGCUUGGACGGUGUUCCAACCUCUGUGAGAGAGCUACUUCUCAAUGCUAAUUUCAUUCGGCACAUUGCCGAGGAUCUCGAUGGCCAGUCAUUGCAAAUCCUGGACCUGAGCCAGAACCAGCUCUCGAUGCUCCCCAAGUCAGUGUUUUCGAGGCUGUCUAGUCUGUUAGUCCUUAAUCUAGCCAAUAACUCGUUGGCUAACCUCGUCGACGAGACCAUUUUGGAUGGUCUGGUUGCUCUUGAGGUUCUCAAUUUGUCAGGAAAUGCCAUCCAUUCGACAAAAAUCAAUGCGCGGCUUUUCCACGACGUGAAAAGCUCGCUCUUGAAGCUAGUGCUCAGCUCCAAUCAGUUGGAAGAGAUUGGUAUUGAGCAGGCGGAUUUGUUUUCCUCGCAACUCGUUCGAUUGGAAGUGCUCAAGUUGGACAACAAUCAACUUUCCAGCUUGCCCACUGGCUUCGCACCCCUUCACGUUCAAGAGCUGGACCUCUCACACAACCGAUUGACCACUUUAAAGUCAUUGGGCCGCCUUCCUCAAAUGACCCAUCUUCAUUUGAGCCAUAACAACUUGAAUUCCAUUGAGGAGAGGGCUUUCAUCAAUUGCUCCAAUAUUCUUGUACUGGACCUGAGUCAUAAUGAUCUGUCCCAAGCGCCGAGUUCACUCACUCAUCUGAAAUCCCUGCAAACUCUGGAUUUGAGCUUCAACGCCAUUGCAGUUUUGGAAGGCUCGGCCCUGCUUCGAAUGGAGAGUCUAUGGCGUCUCCAGCUUAGUGGCAAUCGCCUCGGAAACAUUUCCGUGGGACUUUUUGACGACCUGAAGGCGCUUCAGAUCCUGGAUUUGGCCAACAAUCAGAUUUCCCAAGUGGAAAAGGGUUCGUUCGACGCCAAUCGUCAAUUGCAAGCCAUUCGCUUAGAUGGCAACCGCCUCCAAUCCAUGGAUGGCCUUUUUGGAAAUCUGGAGCAACUCAUCUGGUUGAACAUUUCUGACAAUACCAUCCGGCAUUUUGACUACGCUUUGAUUCCGUUGAAUCUUCAUUGGUUGGACAUUUCCCACAAUCAGCUUGAAGAACUUGGCAACUAUUUCGAUCUGACGGGAGAAAUUGCCUUGGGUGUUUUGGACGCUGGCUUCAAUCGUCUGGCUCAAUUAGGACCCAAUAGCAUUCCCAAUAGCAUCGAGACUCUCCUCGUGAAUGACAAUCAACUUGAACAGAUCGUUCCGUACACGUUCUUCAAAAAGACUCGCCUCUCCAAAGUGGACCUGAGCGUCAACAAUCUGAAGGGCAUCGAUCGCAAUGCCUUGCGACUCUCGUCGGAUGUAGCUCGAGUGCCCGAGUUCUUCUUGGGAGGCAAUCCCAUUGAGUGCGAUUGUGAGAUGGUUUGGUUCAAGUCCAUCAAUGUGGCCAAUUCAAUGCAAAACUAUCCUUCCGUGCAAGACAUCGAAUCCAUCUAUUGUCGUCUGAUUUACACCCGUGAAGUGUCAUUUGUGCCUUUGGUCGAGGCUCGUAAUGAACAAUUUCUCUGUCCCUAUCAGACCCACUGCUUCGCUCUGUGCAAAUGCUGCGAUUUUGACGCUUGCGAUUGUGAGAUGUCGUGUCCGGACAAUUGCACUUGCUAUCACGACAACUCCUGGUCCAAAAACAUUGCUGUGUGCUCGAAUUCGGAAUUCAAUGACUUGCCCGAGCAAUUGCCCAUGGAUGCCACGGAGAUUUUCCUGGAUGGGAACUCGUUGUCCGAGUUGGGAAGUCACACCUUCAUUGGGCGGAAAAAUUUGAGGAUUCUGCAUCUGAAUAACUCCCAGAUUCACAGCAUUCAGAACAAGACGUUCAAUGGCUUGAGCUCACUCACAGUGCUCCAUUUGGAGGGCAAUCAACUAAAGGAGCUCAACGGAUAUGAGUUCGAAACUUUGAACAGCCUGCGCGAACUCUUCUUGGAAAAUAAUCUCCUGGAGCACAUUCAUAACGCCACUUUCAAGUUUCUCGGUAGUCUCGAGGUUCUCCACCUUCAAGGGAACCGGAUAAUCGACUUUCCCGUUUGGGAGUUGGCUUUCAACCCGUUUCUGGUGAGCAUCAAGUUGGCCGAGAAUAUCUGGUCGUGCGAUUGCGACUAUAUGGAGCGGUUCCGUUCCUGGAUGACUGUCUACAGUAGCAAGAUUUUCGACGCUGACAAUGUGUCAUGCAUAACCAACGAAGCCAGUGACAUGAAUGUCCGCAUGUCCGACUUUGACGUGUCCACUUGCUCGAGCAUGAAAGCCAUUGCCACAACCCGGAUUCAAGAGAUGUCGUCCGAAGACUACCUUCCCCUCGUGGCCGCCACUCUGGCCUCGUUUGCCCUAUUUCUGUUGGUCCUGUUGGCUCUUUUCACCUAUCGCCAUACGCUGCGCGUUUGGAUUCACUCCAAAUAUGGGGUCAGGGUCUUUGACAAUAGCUUUAAUGAAGAUGACUCGGUGGUGGAAGGGGGCAAGAAGACCGCCAUCAACGACCAGAUGACGACAGCCGCCAAGACCACGCCGAAACUCUUUGAUGUGUUUGUGAGUUACAGCCCCAAGGAUGACCUGUUUGUCAGAGACGUGUUGGCCACAGAGCUAGAACACGGCUCGGCCAGUCAAUAUAAAACCUGCUUGUUCCACCGGGACAUUGCCAAUCAAACCUACAUUGCAGACACUUUAAUCCAAGCCACGGAAGCCUCUCGCAGGACCAUCAUGGUUUUGUCAGAGCAUUUCCUCAAGAGUGAAUGGAGUCGGUACGACUACAAAUCUGGCCUCCACCAAGCACUUCGCACUGGUCGGAGGAAGCUUAUUGUGAUUCUCCUCGGAGACAUUUCCAGUCGCGACGUGGAUCCCGAUCUCCGUCUUUACCUGAAGACCAGCAUCGUCCUCCAAUGGGGCGACCGUCUGUUCUGGGAAAAGCUUCGAUAUGCCUUGCCCGAUGACAGUCUGGAGGUGCGUUUCCAUACCGAUCAGGGCAAGAUGGCCUCACACCGAAAGUCGCAAGCUUCGUCAUCUUCGGCAUCAUCCCGAGUGUCGACCAUUUCUCCGGCUGCUUCUAUGAUGGAAGUGGAGGAUCACUACUACCAUCAGCCCCGCUAUGCCACGUAUCUGCCACCUCCCCCGCCGAUUUCCACUCUGGCCAACAACCUCAUCAUGAACAACAACCACCAUCACCAUCUCCACCCACAGUACCCGUCCCACGGCCAGUAUCCAACGGGCCACAUUAGCUCGGACCGUCUCAGCCCUCAGAGUGCGAGCCACGGAGUGGCAUCCUCGUCGUCUCCGGGCUUAUCGUCGAUAUCCAUGGUUGGGAAUUUGCCCGGACAACAAACGCCGUCCCGCUCUUCAGUUGUCAUGCAUAUCUGAGACCCUUCAACAAUCUGUGAUAUCUCUUGUCCGAUUGGACAAACCAAGCCAGGCGAAGGGGGAGAGUCGGGCUGUUGACUCGAGCAUGGCCACCACGUUCAUGACCAUGAUGAAGCAAGCCUUACUUCCAAGCAUUGGGAGUUAUCCAGGAUUGAUCUGCUUUUGCGCCGUCAUCUCCCAUUGUUCCCUUUCGAGAGAAGAGCAAACAAGACAAUAUUGAACAACAGCCAGCAAAUACGGACCACAGAUCGAAUGUGUUUUUCUCCCUCAGUCUAGUAGCUCUGUCUUCGUUGUCGUCGUGGUCGUGUUUCUCUACUGAACACACACUACUUCUGAACUGCCUUCAAACAACGCCCUAAAGUCUCAAGAGGAUUUGCUCUCAACAAAAUCACCAUGGCCACCGACGAGUUGGCUCGCACCAAUCAUACCAGCCAUUCAGCCGACCGACCAGGGGCUCAUUGCUCUGGGUAUUUGCUCAACAUUGGGAAGAAAGAGUGUUUGCCAAUCCUGGGUCAUUUUGGAAAAUUUGUCAGAACUUAUAUUGAGACCCGCUUCGUGAGCAUUGGCCAUGGACCAGUCUUCGUUAUCUGUGAUAGUUGUUUAUUCCCACGUUUCAAUGUCACUGACACGCAAAAUAAAUCAUAAACCAGCAUUC